AUAUUUUCCAUUGAUGUUAUUCUGUUGCAAUUCUUGAGAUUCUUACAUGUCUUUUGAUGGUCCUAGCUUUUAACUCUUGUUAAUUGCUAGAAUCUGUUUCUUGAUUCCAACUGCUUUGUUAAACAUGAGCUUGUUUAUUGGUUAACCUUGUUUUGUGGCAGAAUUUGUAAGGCAUCCAUGCAUUUGUUCAUUCAUUCAUGAUUCGUAUAUCCAUUGGAUGCUUAUUCGUCUUUGAUAGAGUUCAAGUUUUGUUGUACUUGUCUUUAAAUCCAUGCCAUUCUUUGUCAACUUGUCUUGUGAUGGGUUCGAAGCGUAACCCCACAACUGUUUCUUUUGUGGCCUUGGCAGGAUUUAUUUUUAUUCAUUGUGCUUCCCAUAUCACCCCAGCCUCUAGUAGCUCAUUUCAUGGUAAAUCCUGUUAAGUAGUUAGUGUUCUGCUUUUAUGAUUAGUGUGGUUUGAUAUCAGAGUGGCGCAGCGGAAGCGUAAUAGGCCGUGUUCUGUUCCUAGAAAGUGAUGAGGCAAUUGUUGUCUCGGAUUGUGUGAAGCCAUUCACCACUUGAUAUGGUCUUCAAUUUGAGUUUUGGGGACAAAACUCCUUUUUAGGAGGGGUGAGUGUAAUAUUCCAAAUUUUCGGGAAUAUUUAAGUGUAAGUUAAGGACUUGAUUGUGAGAAAAGAUUGUUUUGGGGCUUGAUGGCCAAUAUUCUGAAAGUCAAGGGGCUUAAAAGAGUAGAAUUUGGAUAAGGAUGGCUUAUUUCUUUUCUCCCUUUUCCUCUUUCUUCUCCAGCCCGUUUCUGCUCUUGUCUUCCCGCUGCAGCCCGAAAGGAAAAAAAAAAGGGGAACCCAGCCAUGCUUAAGAAAUUAGUGAGAAAGCUUGGAGAUUUCUCCUUCUUUCUUGUUCUAGAACCCACCUAGAACCCAGAAAUCUUCCCUACCCUGCUGGAAAAGCCGGAUCUGCUAUGCUCUUCUGCCCUUGUCCGCCGGCUGCUCUUGUUGUGGGUGCAAAUUCUGGGCAUUUUUCGCCCGUGAGUUUCUCCCCUGCACUCCCGCCGGCCUUCCCCAAUCUGCUAGCUCCGGUUCCUUGCUUGUAAAUUUUGGUAUGUGACAGCCUUUUAAGGCUUAAAUUGUCCAUUUAGUUUGCUGCCUUGUGUGUUUGAAUUUUGCUAGAAAAAUGGGGGAAAUUCCAGUAGCUUUAGGACCAUGAUUAAGCACUAAUUCAAGUGGGAUUUAUGUGAUUGAGUGUUAAUUGCUUGUUGUGAUUUUUUGGAGAGAAAACCCCGUGAGAUUAGCUAGUGGUUGGCCAUUGUUUGGAAGUUGGAGUUACUGUUCACGUCGGGGUACUGUUCAUGGACACUGUUCACACCCCGAGGGCCAACAAUUAACGGGGAUUUAAAUG